AUGGGCAGAACUCCUUCAACUCCAGGGGUAGCAACCUCACUUUUUACCAAGGAGGAGGGUCUUAGGCCAGCGCUUCACAAAAAGCGAACGGUCCAAGAUGAUGUGAAUCAUCAACUUGCAGAAUCAUCGACAAGUCGUACACCUCCACCUCCUGGUGGUAGAGUGAAGUUAAUUCAACCGCAAAGUCGUGCUCAACUUCUCUAUCCUGUCAAAGUUGUUGAGGAAAAACUCGAUAAAGAUCUUGGAAUGGCUCAGCUAAAGAUACGACUGAGUACAAACUUAUCCCAACUCGCACCAAACUGGUCCCUGAAUGCACUUCUGCAAUUGCGUCCGGGUAGCACUAAUUCGUAUCUCUCCCCUAGUGUAUCACUGCAAGGCGGUUUCUUCACUUUGGAUAAUGGCCUGAGCGUGAGCGUCGCAAAUUCGGACGGUGAAGUUGAUGACGAAUAUGACGCAAGAAUGGCUCCUUAUGGUGGGUUCCUGGAUGCUCAAGGUGUCGACAAUGUAUUGAAUCACGUUUUUGAUACCGCUCCCUGGCAAUUUGAGUUAACGUCAAAGGGAAAUGUGUCUUUGACUAAAGCAGUACAAUGUGCCAAGGAAGAAGAAGUUGUGAAAGAUUUUAGAUGGGUUGGGGUUAUGGCUAUGCCGUCAGACGAAGUUCUGCCGAAAGUGCUUGAUGAGAUCUCGACAGAAUUGGAAGCUAAAAGUUGUGACGCUGUAUGGCCACUGGAUUGGACAUUUUCAGGCGCAUACGUUCAAUUCUGCAAACAAAUUUUAUGGCCAACUCUCCACUAUCAAAUACCCGAUGACCCUAAAUCGAAAGCAUUUGAAGAUCAUCUGUGGCAGUAUUAUCGAGAAUUCAACCAGAUGGUUGCUGAGAAAGCUGUAGAGCUGUUUUUAAAAGCAAAUGGGGAAAACUUUGAUGGACCGGACUCAAUCAUAUGGGUUCAUGACUACCAUUUAUUAUUGGUGCCUCAAAUGGUACGAAAAAAAUUGCCAAAUGUUAAGAUUGGUCUAUUUCUCCAUGUGUCGUUUCCGCUGAGUGAGGUUUUUCGCUGCUUUGCUUAUCGAAAUGAGAUAUUGGAAGGGAUGUUGGGAGCCAACGUCAUAACUUUCCAAUCACAAGAAUACGUGCGCCAUUUUUUACAAACGUGCAACAGGCUUUUACUUACCGAUGUGACUGCGAAUGGUUUAACAUUUGAUGGUAAGUUUAUUACAACAAACACAAUUCCUGUGGGUAUAGACGAGAAACCUUUGGUAGAGUUGGUCAAGCUGGAAGAUAUCCAUGAAUGGCGGACGUUAAUUCGUGAAAAAUAUGGUGAUACGAAAAUCAUCUUAUCGAGAGACAAAGUUGACAAGUUGAGGGGCAUCAAGCAAAAGUUUUUGGCUUAUGAAAGAGUUCUCAAAAGCAAUCCGGAAAUGUUAGAGUCGACCGUUUUCAUCCAAAUUUUGAUGGGAAAUGUUUCAGAUUCCAACUAUGAACUGGAAAUCAUGAAGAUUGCUCUGCGGAUUAACCUGAUGAGUGAAAACAUAUCCAAUAUCACACCCUUGGUUUUACUCAAAACUGAUCUUGAGUUUGAGCAGUACGUCGCUCUUCAAUGUGAAGCCGAUUUGUUCAUAGUACUGUCUAUGAGAGAAGGUCUCAACUUAACAUGCCAUGAGUUCAUCUGCGCAACCUACGAUAAAAAGAGUCCCCUUAUGUUGAGUGAGUUCACUGGAAGUGCUCAAUUAUUAUAUUGCAGCAACAAGGGAGCUUUACUCAUAAACCCAUGGGAUAUUGGUGGUUUUGCUAAAACCAUAAAACGGUGUUUGCAGAUGUCACCUGAGGAGAAGGCAGAACGUUGGCAAAACCAAUACAACGUUGUCAAAACGAGAGAUUCCAGUGAUUGGGUGAGAAGAUGCUUAGCAACUAUAAACCAGUCGUGGUCAAAUGAUCAAAGUCGAAAGGCAAUGUAUACAACGCGCUUCACUCAUAAGAUACUUACUGAUUAUGUCGAACGAGCAGGCCCUGGUACGAAAUUGUUUGUACUCAAUUUCGAGCUGCCAACUACCGUCAAGGGUUUGGAUACUUCAAACAAUACCAUAUCUGACAAAACAUUUGGCUCUAAUCCGGCUCGAUUCAUGCUGUAUGUGCUUCCAUUACUAGAGGACAGACUGGUACGUUUUUUUAUCGUCCUGUACCAAGAGCGAGAGGUGCUUGACCUUUUAUAUGCUCGCUACCCUCAAGUUGGUAUUAUUGCCGAAAAUGGCGGCUUUGUUAAAUUUCCCGAACUGAAUGAAUGGAUCUCCUUGGUCGAUGACCACGAUCGCAUCUGGAUAGAACAGUGUGUUCAAUUAAUGGAUUCGAAGGUGGAAAGGUUACCGGGUCUGUCUGUCAAAGCCGGCGAGUGCACAGUGACAUUUCAUCCCGGAACAGCUCUUGUUGAUGACCGUGAUCGAGCACUUGAUGCUAUGGGUGACUGCAUACAACAUAUCAACGAAGUUUUCAGUGAGGUUGAGGGCUUGCAUGCUAGUUUAUUAAGAAAUGUUGUUGUCGUACAAAAUGAUCAGUUGACACUCCGAGCUACUCUGUUCCUCUUGGACUACUACGCUCAAACUUACUCAAAUGAUGAAUUGAUGAACAUGUAUCACAUCAAAGGUAAACACCCGGAGAGUAUUCUUGAACAACAUCAUACAGAUAAGCUUGCAUUCGCUAGCUUCACCGGGGGCGUCUCGCAAAUCGAUGAGCCCAUCUACGAGUACAUGAACGAGUGGAAGGGCAUCAAAACGAAAUGCACCGUGUCGGUAAUCAACACUGGACGAGAGGAACGUACCCUGGCGCAUUAUAUUGUCAACGGGAGAAGUGAAUUCUUAUCCACCCUCCUGGGUUAA